AUGAUUUUGGUCUUGAUCAUCAGUAUGAUCAUUGCUCUUGCCAUUAAGGAUUGGAUCUCUGGAGGUGUCAUCGCAGGUGUCAUUGGUAUUAAUGUUAUCGUUGGUUUUCUUCAAGAAUACAAGGCUGAGAAAACCAUGGGUUCAUUGAGAAAUUUGAGUUCCCCAACUGCUAGAGUUACAAGAAAUGGUGACGAUGUUACGAUUCCAGCAGAACAGGUUGUCCCGGGUGAUAUUGUGCACAUCAAAGUUGGUGACACCAUCCCUGCUGAUCUUAGAUUGUUUGACACCAUGAAUUUGGAAACCGACGAAGCAUUGUUGACUGGUGAAUCGUUGCCUGUUACCAAGAAUCACGAGGCUGUCUAUGGUGAUUAUUCUGUUCCUAUUCCCGUUGGUGAUCGUUUGAAUCUUGCUUAUUCUUCUUCUAUUGUUUCUAAAGGUAGAGGUUCUGGUAUUGCUUACGCCACUGGUUUGAACACUGAAAUUGGUGCUAUUGCCCAAUCAUUGAAAGGAAACAGUGGUUUAAUCAGAAGAGUUGACAAGUCUGAUGGCAGAAAGCCUAAGAAGAGAGAAUACAGUAAGGCUGCCGCAGGUACUGUUUGGGAUGUUAUUGGUAACGUUUUAGGUGUCAAUGUGGGUACUCCAUUGCAAAGAAAGUUGUCGUGGUUGGCCAUUUUGUUGUUCUGGGUUGCUGUUGUCUUUGCCAUUGUUGUCAUGGCGUCUCAAAGAUUCAGGGUCAACAAGGAAGUUGCCAUCUAUGCCAUUUGUGUUGCCCUUUCUAUGAUUCCUUCCUCCCUUGUUGUUGUGUUGACUAUUACCAUGGCUGUUGGUGCUGAAGUGAUGGUUACCAAGAAUGUUAUUGUCAGAAAGUUGGAUUCUUUGGAAGCUUUAGGUGGUAUUGACGAUAUUUGUUCCGACAAGACUGGUACUUUAACUCAAGGUAAGAUGAUUGCGAAGAAGGUGUGGUUGCCGAAUGUUGGUACUUUGGAAGUGCAGAACUCCAAUGAGCCAUACAAUCCUACUGUUGGUGAUGUUAUGUUUUCCCAGUUCUCACCAAAAUUCAUCAAAGAAACUGACGAAGAAAUCGACUUUAACAAGCCGUACCCUGAUCCGAUGCCGAAGACCAUGCACGACUGGUUGAUGACUGCUACGUUGGCCAACAUUGCGACUGUGAGCCAGACCAAGGACGAAGAGUCUGGGGAGAUGGUUUGGAAGGCGCACGGUGAUGCCACUGAAAUUGCUAUCCAGGUGUUUACCACGAGAUUGGACUAUGGGCGUGAAUCGCUCGUGCACAACUACGAGCACCUUGCUGAGUUCCCAUUUGACUCGUCCAUCAAGAGGAUGUCUGCCGUGUACAAGGACAAACACGAGACCAGGGUGUACACCAAGGGUGCUGUUGAGAGAGUUUUGGGCUUGUGUGACUACUGGUAUGGUGAACGUACCGAAGGUUCCUACGAUUCACAAAAAUUAGUUAAAUUGACUGACGAUGACAUCAAAUUGAUUGAAGAAAAUAUGGCUGCUUUGUCUUCCCAAGGGUUGAGGGUGUUGGCGUUUGCUACUAAGGAACUUGGGUCCAGUGAUAUUUCUGAACGUGAGCAAGUGGAGUCGCACUUGACCUUCCAAGGGUUGAUUGGUAUCUACGAUCCUCCAAGAGAGGAGACUGCUGGUUCUGUCAAGUUGUGCCACGGUGCUGGUAUCAAUGUGCACAUGCUUACUGGUGACCACCCGGGCACCGCCAAGGCCAUUGCACAAGAGGUGGGUAUCUUGCCGAGAAACUUGUACCACUACAGCGACGACAUUGUGAAGGUGAUGGUGAUGACUGCGAACGAGUUUGACGCCUUGUCUGACGAGGAGAUCGACAACUUGCCUGUGUUGCCGUUGGUGAUUGCGCGUUGUGCGCCAAAGACCAAAGUCAGAAUGAUCGAGGCCUUGCACAGACGGAAGAAGUUUGCUGCCAUGACUGGUGACGGUGUGAACGACUCCCCGUCGUUGAAGAAGGCCGAUGUUGGUAUUGCCAUGGGUAUGAACGGGUCUGAUGUUGCCAAGGACGCCUCUGACAUUGUUCUUACGGACGAUAACUUUGCCUCCAUCUUGAAUGCCAUUGAGGAGGGCCGUCGUAUGUCGUCCAACAUCCAGAAGUUUGUGUUGCAGUUGCUUGCUGAGAAUGUUGCCCAAGCUCUUUACUUGAUGUGUGGUCUUGCGUUCAUAGACAACACAGGCUUCUCUGUGUUCCCUUUGUCGCCUGUUUCUUGUCUAUUCGUUAUUGUUGUAACCUCAAUUUUACCGGCCCUUGGGUUGGGAAUGUGUCCUGCUGAUGAUGAGGUGUUGGAGAGACCACCGAAUAGCAUGAUUUUCACUUGGGAGGUGAUUCUUGAUAUGUUUGUGUACGGCACGCUAGUCGCGUGCGCGUGCAUGUUGUGUUUCACAAUUGUGGUCUACGGAAAAGGCAAUGGAGACUUGGGCCACGGCUGUAACAAGAUGAACGCUAAUAUCGAUGCUUGUGGGUUGGUGUUUGAAGGCAGAGCCUCUGCCUUCGUGGUCUUAACAUGGGGUGCAUUGAUUUUGGCCUUGGAGUGUCUCCAUCCGACUAAAUCUUUUUUCAACAUGCGUGUCUCCGAUAGACCAUGGUACACACAAACCGUGCUUGGUCUUUGGGAGAACAAGGUGCUUUUCUGGUCCAUUGUGUUUGGUAUUGCUGCUGUGUUCCCUGUUAUCUACAUCCCGGUGAUCAACACCAAGGUGUUCUUGCACAAGCUGAUUGGCUGGGAAUGGGGGCUCUCCAUUGCUUGUACCGUCUUCUUCUGGAUCACUGCCGAAGCCUGGAAGUGGGCUAAGCGUAUCUACAUCAGAAGAAAAGCUGCAAACAAUGGUGAUGGUAAAGAGAAUGUCCUCAAUGAAAACGAUCCAUUCCUGAAGUAUGCUUCAUUUAGUAGAGACAACACCAUGGUUGUUUGA